AGGGCUACCAGACGAGAGACGGACUCGUUCUUUUCCCACGAUACCAGCAGCACGUCGUCUCUCCCGAUUCCUCAACUCCAUCGUCGUGUGCCUGCAGCCUGCGCUCGUACCAGACGGCCAGACGGGCCCGUUCCCGUUCUUUCCCAGCCUCCGAGGACGGAAGGGAGCGGCGCCGGCUGCGGGCGACCGCGGAGGCACGGUGGAGCGCGGCCAGGAGGCGGGCGAGGUGGGAAAGGGAGCGGCGCCGGCGGCGGGCGGCCGCGGAAUCGAGCGGCGGCCAGGAAGCGGGCAAGGCUUGAAGGGAACGGCACCGGCGGCCGGCGGCCCCGAAAUCGAGCGGCGGCCUGGCGGAGUGCGGCGAGGAGGCGUGCCAUCUUGGAAUGGCACUUGAACCGGGCGGUUUGGGCCAAACCGGCCGGUUCAAGGUUUUCGACAAAACCGCCGGUUCACCCGGUUUUUCCCGGUCCGGUGGCCCGUCCGGUCCGGUGCGCUUAACAGACCGCACAGGGCUUCGGUUUCGGUUUUUUCUGGUCGGACCGCCGGUCGGUCCGGUUUUCAAAACUAAGUGCAGCGGCGGCUCCUAUCUGGUAGCGGCGGCACGCCACGUGCUUUUCGCGAGCGAUUUUUUCUUUGAAGCGUGGUAGACGGAGGCGCAGUGCGAGGAAAUUGCAAGUUCCACCACCUAUUAGGAACAUUGUUGCGCAAAACAUCACUUUUAUGAAAUUUUUGCAGAUUACACCACAUAUUGGUCUAAUGAGUUGCAGAUAGGUCCUAAUUGCGUAUUAGACAAGUUAAUCACGUUUCUAACCUGUGGGUCCUGCAUGUCAAUGCCAACAUGUAUCGGGCCCUUUGCCACUGUGGACCGGGUCAGGUUUGGAGCCAACUGGUUAAAAGAAAAUCACGUCUGAUUAGGUUCUAAAAUAUGGUAAAUCGGGUGGGGUCGGUUCUGCCUCCACCGAAUCGGGCAUGAUUUCAUUUUAAUCGGUUGGCUCAGACCGAAACAGUCCACCUUGGCACUGACACGCUAGGUCAAAAUGUGGUUAGCUCGCCUAACACGCUAUUAAAACCUAUCUGCAACUCAUUAGAGCAAUAUGUGGUGAAUAUUGCAAAAAAAUUAUACAAGUGGUGUUUUGCGUAACAACGUAUCCAUUAGAUUACCGGUGGAACGUGCUCCCGGGAGUCAGCUCAGUGCUCUCGAGAGUAACUGAACUUUUCCCUUUGAUAAAUGUACUCUAUCAGCGGCCUUGUUUUAGUUCAACCCAACACGCGCCUAGUAAAGGCCGCCCAUAUCUUUGUACGCAACUUCGGCGCCGCCCAAACUAGCUUAGAAUACAAGUCAAGAGGAGACAAUCUUAACUAGCUUCCUAGAACGAAUCACCCGAAUUCCACUGACGCUAGAAGCUGCCAGCAGCUGUUCACCACACAUCUGUCUGCUCGAACGAGGGGUUGUGUACUGUCCUCGGCCGGCCAUGGAGAAGAAGGCGGCGGUGAUCAUCUGCGGGACGGCGAGCCUCCUCGGCCUCGUCGCCGUCAUCCUAGGCUUCGUCGGCGAGGCCACCAAGUCCCAGUCGUUUGGUGGGUACGACGGGGCGAGCUGCGUGUACCGGAGCACGCCGGCGGUGGGCUGCGGCCUGGCGGGCGCCCUGUUCCUCCUUGUGGCCCAGGUCCUCCUCUCCUCCGCCACCGCCUGCUGCGGCUGCUGCCGCCCGGAGACGCGCAAGAUCCCGCAACAGACCAAGCGCGUCUUCGCCAUCGCCAUGGCCGUCGUCUCAUGGAUUCUGAUGUUCAUCGCGGUGUGGCUGUUCUUCUCCGGCGCGAUGUGGAACACGGCGAGGCACCGGAAGCCGGCGGAGGCGCCGUCCAAGGCCAACUCGGGAGAGGGGGAGUGCUACGUGCUGCAGGGCGGGAUCUUCGCCACCGCGUCGGCGCUGUCGUUCGUCGUCGUGGCGUUCGGGAUCGGCUCCUACUUCCUGCUCGGGGCGGCGUCGGGGCCGCCCGAGAUGCCGACGGUGCAGCUGGGGGGGAUCGCCAUGGGGCAGCCGCGGGAACCCUACUUCCAGCCACAGGGCGGAUAUCCAACGGGUGCCAAUUGGUAAUUUGGUACACACGUGUAUGAAACUGCACAUCAAGCCAUGAAUGUUGGAACUUGGAAGGAAAGUGUCGACUCACCGUGAUAGUAGUUCUAGUCUUCUUAUUUUUUGUUCUGAUGUCUUUAUAUACACAUGAAUACGGCCGGAUUGAUUGUAACUGCGAGAUUUGUGAGAAAGAAAUAAGGAAAACAGAGCAUGCCAUAUUGCUAUGCCCCGUCCUUUGCUUUAAAA